GGUGAAGCAAGAAUCAGAUUAAAAAAAAGGAAUCCCAAUACAAUUACGGAGUAUAUAGAUAGACUUCUUCAUUACAGCAUUGGCAACAAAGAUCAGAAGGCCUGAAGAAAUGGCAGGAAGAACACACAAAGUGACAGGAUUUAUAAUCUUAUUAGGGGGGAUAAUCUCUGCAUUCAUCAUCAUCUUCCUAGCCCGGACUAGGCUUGAAAGCAAAAUAGACCAGUUUCCAUGUUUCCAUAUUUCCCAAUCUUCACAACUCUUCUUCCUGGGAGCUCUCAUAGUAGCAGCAAGCGUGAUUGGAUGCGUACUGUUUUGCUGUUAUAAGAAGGGGAUGAUCGAAUGGCUUCUCUUAGCUUACUGGGUAUCCAUGAUUCUUCUCAUCAUAUGGGUGGCAUGCUUGGGGUUUUUUAUGUACAAGCUCAGCGCCAUUAAAGAUUCCGGCGCGGUGGCGACGAGCAGGACGUACUCUGAAUACCAUCUCAAUGUCGACGGCGGCGGCAUCCCCGGUUGGCUUCGCCGGCAGGUUACCAAUGAGUGGGAUAGUGUCGUGGGAUGUCUUGGAUCUUCUGAUAACUGUGCUGUUUUGAGUCAGAAAUACCCCAUGGCUCAAGAUUUCUUCAAUGCCACUCUCACCCCCUUUCAGGUUUUUCCUUUGGAGGUUUGUCAGGAUGUUGCAAACCGCCAACACCGUGUGAGUUCCAAUUUGUGAACGCAACAAAUUGGAUAGCGGAAAUAAACCCGGGAGCAGACGGGGAUUGCGCUAAAUGGAGCAAUACCCAAACACAACUUUGCUACACUUGUGAUUCUUGCAAAGCCGGAUUGGUUGCCACAGUUAGGGGUGCUGCAAAUGAUCCAUUCCAUUUUUUGCUACUGGCCUUAGUGGUGCUGAAUGGUGUUAUUGUUUUGGGGGUCAUAUCUGCUUGUGUGAAGCCCAAAAAACCCAAAGCAGAGAACGACCUUCAUGAUAAACACUCGAAAGGCAAUGCAACUUGAACACCGUGGCUAACUAUAAAUCGAAUCUAUUUUUAUAUAUGUAUCCUUUUUUUGGUGUAAUUAUCAUUUAGAGAAUAUGCAUUAUUUUGGUGAACACCAUUUCGAAGAACACAAUUCAG